ACUGUGCUGUGUUUUUUGUUUUCGGAAAAAAUUAGAAGAAAGAGUGCAUAUUUCAGGGUAGGGGACUUUGUCAUCUUAUCUUUCAUCCUUUUAGAAGUUUCCAGGUGUCACUAAUAUCUCAUCUGUUGUGUAGGGAAGACCAGGAGAGCCAAGAGGUUCUGAGAAGCUGUUGGAAGUAUACUAAGGACCAGAGAGCAAGGACCCUAGAAACGAUCCCAGGAGAUUGUGUGGAGCUUGGCACAUUUUCUGAGGCCCCUGGGGUGACCCACGACAUAGGCCUUCAUCCUGCCUGGCUCUCCCCUCGAAGUGUCUUGGACAGCAGGCGCCAACAAGAUGUCCAACCCAUUCCUAAAGCAAGUCUUCAACAAGGACAAGACAUUCCGGCCCAAGCGCAAGUUCGAGCCGGGGACACAGCGCUUUGAGCUGCACAAGAAGGCACAGGCAUCACUGAACGCAGGGCUGGACCUGAGACUGGCUGUGCAGCUGCCCCCAGGUGAGGAGCUCAAUGACUGGGUGGCCGUGCAUGUGGUGGACUUCUUCAAUCGUGUCAACCUCAUCUACGGCACCAUCAGUGACGGCUGCACUGAGCAGUCCUGCCCCAUCAUGUCUGGGGGACCCAAGUACGAGUACCGCUGGCAGGAUGAGCAGCGGUUCCGGAAGCCCACAGCACUGUCUGCACCCCGGUACAUGGACCUGCUCAUGGACUGGAUCGAGGUGCAGAUCAACAAUGAGGACAUCUUCCCUACCAAUGUCGGCACACCAUUCCCUAAGAACUUCCUACAGGCUGUGAGGAAGAUCCUGUCAAGGCUCUUCCGUGUCUUCGUGCAUGUCUACAUCCACCACUUCGACCGCAUUGCGCAGAUGGGCUCAGAGGCCCAUGUGAACACCUGCUAUAAGCACUUCUACUACUUUGUCACAGAGUUCAACCUCAUUGACACCAAGGAGCUGGAGCCACUGAAGGAAAUGACUGCACGGAUGUGCCACUAAGAACCCAGGGUGCCCUGACCUCAGAGACUGGCUGGAGACAUCUUUGAGACCUCUAGCUGAGUAUCCCCGGAGUGCCACUGUGCAGCCCUCAGGAGCCCAGUGGGGACUGUGGAUUCCUUCCUCCUUGGAUCAACAGCCAAGGAUCCUCACCACUUCCUUGAGUCCCAGCUCCUCGGCUGUCAGCAGGGAGGCUAAACUUGAAUUCUGCAGUGCUCUGUACUCUCAGUGAAGGGAAACCACUGUGUCUGUGAACCAAAUCACCUGUAGGAAGUGAGGAAGCUCCACCCUGGUAGCCCCUCUGAUUUCUGCCUCCACCCUCCUCCCAUCCCCACCUCUGCCUUUGCAUCCAUGGCCUUGGCCCCUGCAACCAGCUCUGCUCACCUCAACCCUGCCUGGGAGGGGAAGUGGCACCAGCUUGGCCUGUGCUUGCCUUAGAGCAUCUGUGUCUCUGCUGGCAGCCACCACUCAGUGUUUGUUUUCCAAAGAGGUACGACUAGGCCAUGUCACCCCCCCACCUCAAUCUACUUCCCUUCCUUCAGCAUCUUCAUAACAUUUCAUUUUCUCUGUCUAGGGCUUCUGGGCCCCAUGCCCCUCAUCUGCACCCAGGGUGGGUCUUCUGGUGCUGGGCCAUAUCCUAAGGCACCUUUGAAUAUUAUAAAAGAUCUUUUUUCAUAGUCUCAUUUACAGCCAUCUUGAGGUGCUUUUAAACAUGUUUUUAGCCAGUAAAUAGUGACCCCACCUUCUCAAACAGCAUCCUUUUCAUCACCACAGCCCAGGAAUGAGUUCCCUUGUAUGCACCACCCCCUUCUGUGGAGUCUCUGAGAACUGCCUCCAGCUGCCAGGCAUUGCCUUUCUUCAUGUAACUGUGAACUUUCUAGAAGCCUUUUGUGUGCAGUUCCCACAAGGCCAUAGGACCAGACUCCAAGAACAUGUCUCUCUGGACCCUCAGAGGGUGUGACGGGGCGUGACCAAAGGAAACCCUGCCACCAGCCCCUCACCAAAUUGUCAGAAGCCUUUGACCCCUGACCCUUACACUGUCCCAGACUUCCGGGAAUUUGGGAGGCUCACAACCAAACAAGUGCAAUUAAUACAAUGUUACUGCCUGACCCUGAAGCUCUGAAAGAGCUCAGAAAGUCCUUCCAGAAGCCAUCAGUUUGGGCGCUGGACUCCUGGGAGGUUUUGCAGGCUAGCCCUUGGGGGACUCAGGAAGCCAGGCGUGACUUGACCGAAUGUAUCUCCUACCUGCAAGUCCAUAGCCAGAACCUACAGCCACUGUUCCUGUCACACUGAUGCUCCAGCAGCCCACACACCCCACCCAGAGAGAAUGUGGAUGUGGGGAAGUCCCCAUCUCCAACACCCUCACUCCAUCUUGCCCCCUAAGAAGCUGUCCUCCCAGCCCCAGUACAAAUGUCAGAAUAAACUGUCAUUUUGGUAUCCCAAGCUGCCAACUGUCACUUAUGUUUUCCCCACAGGAGGACCUGGGGGUGGGAAAUGUCCCCUGCCAUUGCCAAGAGGGACCUUGUCCCCAGGGAAUCUGAGAUAGCCCAUUGGCUUCUCAAGUAUAGAUUCAUACAGUGUGCAGAUAUCAUUUAAAUUUCAAGAUGGGAGCCAGGCAACUCUGGCUCAUGCCUAUAAUCCUAGGUACUUGGGAGGCAAAGAUCAGGAGGAUCACAGUUCGAAGCCAGCCCAGGUAAGACCCAUA